AGGUAACCCUUUAUGAUUUGGAUGGUGAUGCUGUGGAAACUUUAAUUGAUUUUUGUUACACUAGUCAAAUAAUAGUAGAAGAAUGCAAUGUUCAAAAUCUGCUUCCUGCUGCUUGUUUAUUACAACUUACCGAAAUCCAGGAUGUCUGUUGUGAAUUUCUAAAACGUCAGUUAGACCCAUCGAAUUGUCUAGGCAUCCGAGCAUUCGCAGACACACAUGCAUGCAGAGGAUUAUUGCGCGUAGCUGACAAAUUUACACAUUUAAACUUCCUUGAAGUAGUAGAAUCUGAAGAAUUCCUAUUACUGCCAGUUAGUCAUCUUGUGGAUAUUUUAAGUUCAGAUGACUUGAAUGUUAAUUCAGAAGAACAAGUUUAUUAUGCUGUUAUGCGUUGGAUGCAUCACAAUCUAUCUGAUCGUCGGGGAUACUUAUCUUACCUAUUGGAACAUGUACGAUUACCUCUUCUCAGUCCUAAAUUUCUAGUUGGUACUGUUGGUACAGAUUUAUUAGUUCGUUCAGAUGAACGAUGUCGUGAUUUAGUUGAUGAAGCAAAAGAUUAUCUAUUAUUACCCCAAGAACGUCCAUUGAUGCAGGGUCCACGUACUAAACCUAGGAAAAUUUUACAAGGUGGUGAACUUCUGUUUGCUAUUGGUGGAUGGUGUUCAGGGGAUGCAAUCGCUUCAGCUGAACACUAUGAUUCACGUACUCAUAAAUGGCAUCUUGUUGCACCAAUGCAUAAAAGACGUUGUGGUGUCGGUGUUGGAGUUGUUUAUGAUCUUCUAUACGCUGUUGGUGGACACGAUGGACAUAGUUAUCUGAAUUCAGUUGAAAGAUAUGAUCCGCAUACAAAUCAAUGGUCAUCAGAUAUAGCUUCAACUAGUACUUGUCGUACAAGUGUUGGUGUGGCUGUGUUAAAUGGUUCAAUGUAUGCUGUUGGUGGGCAAGACGGUGUAUCCUGUUUAAAUUUUGUUGAAUGCUAUGAUCCAAAUGUAAAUAAAUGGCUUAAGGUAUCCAGUAUGACUACUCGACGUCUAGGCGUUGGUGUUGCAGUUCUAAAUGGUCAGUUAUAUGCUGUUGGUGGUUCAGAUGGUCAACAACCUCUUUCGUCAGUGGAACACUUCGAUCCUCGUGUUGGAACAUGGCAUCAGAUAUCAUGUAUGGGUACUAAGCGUAAACACUUAGGAGUGGCGGUGUAUAACGGUCUAAUAUACGCAGUAGGUGGAAGAGAUGAAGCGACAGAAUUAUCGUCUGUCGAAUGUUUGGAUCUACGUACUCGUACUUGGACUCCAGUUGUAGCAAUGACAUCAAGGCGUAGUGGAGUUGGCCUAGCCGUAGUGAAUAAUCAACUGAUUGCUAUUGGUGGAUUCGAUGGGGCAACAUAUUUAAAAUCUGUUGAACUGUACGACCCGGAUGCAAAUUGUUGGUCUGUACGUGGUAGUAUGAAUUCUAGACGUUUAGGCGGUGGUGUUGGUGUUGUGCGACUAGCUAAUCCGUAUAUCAGUUUGAACAGUACGUCAUUCAUCAAUACUAAUAAUAAUAAUAACAAUUGUGGUGUUUCAGGCUGUAUCUCUAGUUCUACUACUAAUACCAAUGUGACAAGUAGUAAUAACAGCAUUAUAAAUGAUGAUUCGCUUGGUCUUUCUAUGACUGACUCAAUAUUCCCACCAGGUUUACCAGUUUCCACAACUACUGGUUGUCCUCACGGCGUGAACAACAACGCCAGUGCUAGUAAUGAUAACACUAAUAAUAAUAAUAAUAGCAGUAUCAGUAAUGCAGCUUGCCAAAUCAUGCCUAGGAACCUUACCAACUCAACAGUUAUCUCCACAAUGAAUGGUAGUAGUAUUAGUAGUAAUGGUGGUCCAACGGCAACAUCAAUGUCCGGCCAAAUAAAUGUUUCGAGUACCAGAUCGAAUAGUACAUUUUAUUUUAAAAUUGAUGAAGCUACAGGACAAUAACAGGUUAAUGAAAACAGCUCUUUACUUCAACCCUUUCUAUUACAACAACCGCACGAGCUUUGGCGAUUUCUUCGUGUAAAUUACUUGUAUGUAUUUCAUCAUCCACCAUAUAAACUAUGCUACUAUUCUCUUAUGAGUUAUAUUAUUCUUUGUGAUUGUACAUGGAAUUGCCCUCACUCCUCUAUCUCUUUUGUAAAAGCAUACUUUUACUCUAUCCGUAAAUAGCAUAUCUGUUGAUUUGUUUGUUUUUUCUUCUGGUCAUGUAGCGUAUAAUUAAUGUAUGCGUAUAUGCUUGCGCUGCUGUCUGUUGCGCAUUUCAUUCUUUUUCUUUUCAAUACUUUUGUUACUUAUGAGUAGCUUAGAAAUGUUCGGGAAAAAUAUUUGUCUAUGCAAUUUUUCAUCGUUAUUUGUUUGCCAUAGGAUGAAAUAUGAACUAAUGUUGUAUGAAAUAAAUUGAAUUUCAAAUCAUAUGUAUGUUCUCCACGAUUGUUUUAUAUUUAUACAGUUGUACUUGUCAA